CCGGAGCGCGCUGGCCCCGGGACCCGAUGCCAACGCGUGGCGCGGCGCGGAGGGCGCGGAUCUCCCGAGGCGGCGGCGCGGCCCGAGCUCGGGGACAACCGGCGCCGGCAGCCGCGCCCGACCGACCUCCGUUUCCGGGACGAGUACGUCGCCCAGAAGGCGCAAGGGCGGAGCCCAGAGUGGCCCGAUGCCGCGGCGACGGCGGGGGACUAAGUCGGCUUUCUCAACAGACAGGGCAAAAGGGACAGCAACUGGCAGAGAAAGAGCAGCAGCAGACUCUAUCGGACACAACCCAGACAUCUUCCAAGGAACCCCACUUGAGACAACCCUUGACCCUGGGCCUCCAGCGCAGCAUCUAUUUCUCCAGUCCAAAGGACCGUAUUGUGCGGCUGGGGCCAGAGUUUUUCAACCAACCAGCAAUCCCCCUAGCCCAGGCAUUUCUGGGACAGGUCCUUGUCCGGCGACUUGCUGAUGGCACAGAGCUUCGUGGCCGCAUAGUGGAGACAGAGGCAUACUUGGGGCCAGAGGAUGAAGCUGCUCACUCAAGGGGGGGUCGGCAGACCCCCCGCAACCGUGGCAUGUUCAUGAAGCCUGGGACUCUGUAUGUCUACAUUAUCUAUGGCAUGUACUUCUGCAUGAAUGUCUCCAGCCAAGGAGAUGGGUCAUGUGUCCUGCUGCGAGCAUUAGAGCCCCUGGAAGGCCUGGAGUCCAUGAGACAGCUUCGCAGCACCCACCGGAAGGGUGCUAUCAGCCACCCCAUCAAGGACCGAGAACUCUGCAGUGGCCCCUCAAAAUUGUGCCAGGCCCUGGCCAUUGACAAGAGCUUUGACCAGCAGGACCUGACCCAGAACGAGGCUGCAUGGCUGGAGCAUGGAUCCCUGCAGCCCAGUGGAUCAGCUAUAGUGGCAGCAGCCCGUGUGGGCAUUGGUCAGGCAGGGGAAUGGACAAAGAAGCCCCUGCGCUUCUAUAUCCGGGGCUGCCCCUGGGUCAGUGUAGUCGACAAAGCGGCUGAGGCCAGAACACAGAGCCUGCUAAGACAAGUUUUUUAAUUGUUUAUAUGUCAAAUAAAUAUUUUGUUUCUAGA